AUGGAUUAUCCUCUUAGCCUACCAUACUACAACGCGACUUCCCAGAGCCAAAGCACCCCUGUCCAAUACUACUCAGUCGAAGAGAUAACCUAUAAUUCUUGGUACCAACCAACACCAACGUCCAUCCCAGAGUCCUUUGACCACCAACCAUUCCAAGAUCAGUGUCAACCGAUUCCAUACCACCAACAACAACAGCAACAUCUCUUUGCCAACCAAGAUUACCUGUCCACUCCUCUAAACAUAUGCCCAGUUGUGGCCACUCAUUCUGUACCAUCAUCUUAUGAAGGAAUCCUACCAAGUGUUGCCGAAGGCCUCUUUGACAUGGACGAGUCUGCUCAAACAAUGUCCUGUGAAUCCAACCAAGAGUAUGACUCUAGCCCUGUCUCCAGCCCCCCUUCAAGUCCUCCAAGUUCUCCAACGUCAUCGGACAGCUCUGGCACUGAGGGACCAAUGGUCAUCAGCUUCUCGGACAUGUGGAAUUUGACUUUGCAUGAGGUUGGCGAGGAGUAUAACAUAUCCACGUCAAAGUUGAGUAGAAAGUUCAAACCAUUUGUGAAGGACCUCAAGGUCAAGAAGGCCCCCUUCUUGGCCGGUAACAGUGCGGUGAGACAAACAAUCGAUUUGGUAUUCAACGCCAAUAAGAAGACUUGGUGGCCCUCACGCAUUAUGAAUGCCAGGAGAAAGUCGAUGGAGUUCCAUGUCAAUGCCAGGAAGGUUGUGUUGUCCAAGGAGACCAUCCGUGAUCACCUCUUUCAAUUUUUCUCGGGUGAUGAGUUCAGAGUGACACGCGGCAAGCUCAAGGCCAGAGGUACCUAUGCCAAGCCAUCAUCACCAUCAUCAUAA